AUGAAGACGGCCACAAUGACCACCACAACCACCACCGCUACAGCUACCACGACAGGCACCAGGCAGAGAUUGUCAAAGGCCACGGCGAGGCCUCUGUCCUAUUCACCCUCGCUGCCCUUCCAGGAGGACGAGCUCAGCCUGCCAAACUUCACGCUGCCGCACUCUGCCACCGAACCCAAUAUUCGCUCGCGGGCAAAGUCUGUCAGCCGCACUCUGGGCCGGAGCUCUGUCUUUGGCUCUCUGAGAUCCCUCAAGUCCAUGGAUGACGACCAGAAUUCGACCAGGACGAGAUCCAGGUCGACGUCCAGCAACGAAGAUGACCUCCCCAUCAUGCGGGAAGCUGGCAAUUCCCGCGUCCACAAGCUGCAGCAGCUGCAGCACCACAACAGCAACAUUAACAACAACAACAACAACAACCCGCCACUGGUAAACCGGAGUUUUGGCAUAAAGGUUCUGCAUCACGGCGAAGUGCAGACUGCAGGGGCAAUGUGGCGGAAGAGAAGCCAUUAUCUCGUCCUGACCGAGUCUCACCUCGUCCGUUUCAAGAGCCAGAGCAAGGCAGCCGAAGUCUUCCCUUCUAUACCGUCGUCCUGGGGCCGGAGUGCUGGCGCAGCAGCAGCGUCAAACCGGCUUUCCAUGGUCUCUCUUGCAUCUCUACACGAAAACCAGCUCACAGGAGGAGCAGCGGCACUUGGAGGUGGCGGAGAGGGCGGGAUAGGCAUUGCCCUGAACAACAUCAUAGCUGUCCACCGGCUGGAUGACGGGAAACCGUAUUUCUCAGUCGAAGUGUGCUACGUAGACGAGAAGAACCCCCGAGGCUCGGCUAUCCACAUCCAGUUUGCUGACCCGCAGGAAGCACAACUAUGGCUGAUGGGCAUUCGGGCAGCCGCAGAGACUGCCAUAUCAAUUGAGCCACCCGUUUUUGACGAUGACACGAUCAACUAUGUCACGAACGUCUUGGAGCAGGAGAGAGAUUACGAUCCAGGUUGCUUUGGACUAUAUAGAGUCGUCCACCGGAUGUCCACCAAGCAAGGUAACCGCGCGUCAACAGACGAUAUUACAAAACUCGCGUCAAACACCUGUCUCCUUGCCAUUGGAGUCCAUAAAAUUCAUAUCUUACCUACCAACACCAAAUCAUCCAAUAGAGCUUCUAUGGCAUCAUUGGUUGAGCUGGAUUUAGAUGCGUGUCUAGGAAUAAUGGCUCUAUCCUCUAUCUCAGUGCAAGCCAGCGACGAUACCUUUCAAUUGAUUUUCAGGAUACCUUUUAAAAGCCCGUCAAUAGUCAAUCUAUCUUCAAGCUACUCAGGCGAGAUUGCACUAUUCCUGAGACAACGAGCAGAGUACCUAAGGCCUGGAUGGAUACAUCAACCUUUUGCCUUUAAUGUGCCCCCUCACGUCCAGGCUCGGGUAAUGCCGCCACUUACUUUCGAGGAGGACUAUGGAUGCUUUGACCGGACUCUUAUUGCUUAUUGCGCCGCAUACGAUGUCGAUACCUCGAAGAUCCGCUACAUGGUAGACUACCACUGUGAAGAUGCGCCAGCAUUUCAACUACUCCCGCGGGAAGGUUGCCCAGAUGGAGGAGGAUAUCUGCUUCUGGAACUACUUGCCGUUUUCCGUGCGCUACGAUAUAACGAAUCAUUCGCCACUAUCUCAUUUGCGCGCGUCAACCUGGAUAUCCUUCAACAAAUGCGCGACCCUUACGGACCGGAUUUUGACGCCAUGCGCACUAGAUCGAAUGUGGCGGUACAUAUCCCCGGACAAGAGGAAAUUGCCUCGCUAACCCAGGAGGUACGGGCCCUAGCUCUCAAGAGCAGAACGUUACAGCGCAUGGACUUCUCAUACUGCUUGACCCGCUCCGCAAAGGCGGCUGGGGGUGAGCGCGACCCUGGAUGUGGUAUUCCAGAGGCCGUCUUCCCCCUGUGCCGACGCAACCUAACCCGGGUAGACUGGCUUGCUCUCAAUGGAAUAGAGCUUGGCGACUCGGAUCUGGAUUAUCUUGUCGAUGCAGCGUCUCAGAAGGCUUCGGCACUCCGAGCCUUUGAAGCGAACAACUGUGGCUUGCAGGUCCAUGAUCUGAACCUGAUUUUGUCCACCCUCCGAAUCCAGAAGGACACCCUCAAAUGCUUACAGAUUUCGAAUAUUGUUGGGCGACUGAGUCCAGACCAGUUCCAACAGCAGGCUGGCUGCCUGAGAAAUAUCCGGAAGCUUGAGCUUUCUCAGGUUUUGCGGACCUCAAAGAGUGAACCUCUCCUUUCGGCUGAGACAUUGCUGAACUGGGAACUGGAGGAACUAUGUCUGAACAAUACUACGGUCAACGAGCAGACGGUGGAGUCGAUUGCAAUGUACCUUGCUAGCCCGGAAUCCAAGAACCUUCGUGAGCUGCACCUGAACCAAUGUGGAAUUACUGGGGGGGAUGUCGCUACGUUGCUGUAUUUCAUGGUUGAUGAGGAAUUAAAGCCUCGCGAUAUACACUUGCAUGUAAACGACAACCGGCUGGCCAUUGACUGCGACCUUAUGUUCGCUUCAAUAUCGCAGAACCGGACCCCAACUCAUCUCACGAUGAGAAGCAUAGAGUUUCAGCGUGAUGAGGACUUCAGGCAUUUGGUGGAGGCGCUUGUUCAGAACAAUACCUUGCGGUAUCUUGACAUCUCUAGGCUCUCUAUCCCUCACGAUGCCGGUGCGGAGACCUCCAAGGCCCUCCAGAGAAUGUUUGAGCAAAACUCCGCCAUCCAAGAACUUGACAUCAGCAGCGAACAGGCUCAUCUUGACGUAAGCAGGUUUGGAAUUGGAUUGAAUCUUGCCCUGACGGGAUUAAAGAAGAACAAUACCCUGAAGGUACUGAAGAUUGAGCACCAGAAGCUAGGUGUUCAGGGGGCAAACACACUUGCGUCUGUAAUCGAAGAGAAUAAUUCGUUGGUUGAGAUACAUUGUGAAAACAACGAGAUCAACCUGCAGGCAUUCACCAUUAUAGUCAAUGCUAUACAGAAGAAUAAGACCCUGUUACACGUUCCGUCAAUGGCAAGCGACUGCAAACGAUCUCUUGCACGAGUCCAACGGGAAAUGGAAGCCGACGUGAAAGAAACUGGGCUCCGGUCGAGUCUCUCUACUGCAUCUUCGAUUCGUCGAUCUGUGCGUGCGGCAUUCUCAGGCUCUUACAGUAGCAGCGGUAGCAGCAACAGUGGCGGCAAUAAGUUGGUCAAGUCGCACCCUUCGGUAUCACAAGGGGGAGCCUCCCCUGGUGUUCGUCGCGCAUCAUCUGCCACUCUCGGAGCUAUGAAUUGUGUACAACCCGGCAUGGUAGCGUCUGCAACCGUACCCCAGUUCACCCGGCCAGAGAUCAAAUUCGCUAUUGAAGCGCUACAAAAUAAGUGGAAUAUCCAGGAAGCUCGUCUCCAACGCUAUCUCUACCGGAACUACAACAUGCUGCACGGCUAUGUUGACCAGGCUGUUGGUGACGAUGACACCAAAAGCGAGGGACGACCGGCCACCGCAGCCAGCUUGGCCACAUUCCUCAACCAGCUCUCCCUCGCGCCUGUCGAAGACAUGAGCCAGCGAGAUGGCACAUCUGUUGCAGCUGAGACGCCGUCUAGCGACGCAUCAGCCCUUAGCAGGUCCGCAAGCUUCAAGACUGCCAACAAUUAUAUUAUCGAAGACACGGACACGUCAAAGGACGACAUUGGCGCUGUAGAUUUCAACUUGGACUGGUCGUUUUCACAGCCUUGUUCGAAGCAGAGCGCACUUAUUGACCGCGUCCUUCCGGGCUCAGGUUUUUCGUCCCAGUCACAUAUCCAAACCGACGAGCUCGCGGUACCUGUGUCCACCCAGCCUCGGCCGGCUCUCCUGCGUCCAACCAGCAGCGUACGUAGCAGCAACUCCACCAGCAGCGUCAGUAUCAAAACCAACACCAGCAUGACAAUGGACAGGGCUCUGGUCAACGGGCGGAAAUUCGGUACGACACGGACACCAUCGCUACGUGGCAUGCUAACUGCCAGAAGCACAAGCAAGAGAGAAACGCAAAAGAACUCCGACCUACUUGGGUCUUCCAACAUUCCACCACAGCUAGAUUGGAAUCUUCCCGAUAUCAACCUCCUUUAG